UCCGCGGCGCUCGAGACGAGACUGCCCGUCUGCUGCCACGUAAUCCCGGUGAGAGCGGCGCACGAGCUCCGCGGAAACAAACGCUUGCGCGGAAGCCGAGACUUUAAUUACCGACACGAGAAGUUAAAACAACCGGAUGCCCACACAUACACACACACACACAAAGAAAGAAAGAAAUCCAGCCGCGCGUGACUGGCGUUAGAUAUCCGGUGACUGUUACAGACUCACGAGGUUCACAACUUGGAUUGUGCAAUUUAUCUGCAGCCCUAGACGACUCAGCUUGUGUGAGUGUGAGUGUGAGUGUAAGGACUUGCAGAUGCCAUGCGUCAGCUGAAGGGCAAGCCGAAAAAGGAGUCAUGGAAGGAUAAGAAGGAGCGGAAGCAGGCGAUGCAGGAGGCACGCGAGCAGGUGGCCACCGUUGUCCUGCCCACGCUCGCCGUCCUCAUCCUUCUCAUCGUCCUCUUUGUCUACGUCGCCACCCGACCCGGAGCCAUCCAGUAGUCAUCCCUUCCUUUAUUCCCUCUCUUUCUACACCCAGCUAUUUAUAUAUGGGGCAUCACAGUCCUGCUUUUAACUCGCCCUCGUCCACUUUCCCUUGUUUCAGUCAGCAUUACCAAACUAACUAGUUACCGGUUACCAUGCUGAAACUAAUGUGGUUAAUAUGGCACGUUGGUCCUAUAAUGCAUCAUAGGGUCCUAUAAUGCAUCAUAGUGCAAUGUCAUUUCCCAAGGCAUAUUGCAAAAAAAGGGGCCAAGUACCCUACUUCCUACACUACAUAGGGUAUGAACCCUAUGUAGUGCACAUGCCAGAAAAAAAGCAAGCCAGUAUGACUGAUCGGUCCUACAAAGCUCCAUACCUCUUAUUUAAUGUAAAACCUAAGAUUGAGGUUCGUCUUCAAACGGACUGUUCGUCCUAUGUCGUCAACUUGCAUACUGAUUAGCUUGCAUAUAAGCAAAUUAGCAAUGCAGUAUAUAGUUUGAGUGAAAUGAAUUGUCGACAAGGGCGCAUUAAAAACAGGACUUGAACACAGAGUUAAUACUUAAUAGCAAUUAAUUCUCCAAGGAAAUAGCUUUCGGCUACACUUCUCUCACUGCUGAGGUCGAGUAAAUUCCUCCUGAAGUGCUGCAAGUGCAGGGGAAGGUGACGAGGGCGCACUGAAAACAGCACUGGAACCUGACCCCUGCUCUCCUUCUUCCCUCUAACCCCUGGAUGUUCAUAUCAACAGACUCAAACCAUUUUACACCACUCUACAUGCAAUUAAGUGAAACAGGAGGCCAUUUUGGCUCUGUCAGAGCUUGAACCUAAUGACUGUGGUGGCCAUGUUGGCUCUGUACUGUGUUUACAGCGUUUCAGUUUCAUGCCAAAGCAACAGAGAUUCAGGAAUUGAAUCAGGACCUGCGAUGAAGGUUCAACAUCAGGACUGAACCCAAUAAUGAGUGCACACACACACAGAGUAUUAUUCGCACUCGGUUUAAGAAAAAGCCAAAACACCUCCGUUCUUUCUGUGAAAAACCGUCAAAAGCAUUUACAUUUCUGAUAUGGAUGAAAAUGUUCAUUUCAUUUAAAUGCCAAACUACAACCUAUAAGUCAUUUCCCUAAUUUAACACACUCCUAAUUUGUGUCCCAAAUGCUAGCUUAUCUAAUAGUUAGUGUUUUCUAGUAUAAAAUUAGCUUCAUCUUUAACUUUAUUAUAUGAAUCAAAGUUAGCUUUUCUAUCUAUAACAAAGUUAGCAUACUUUGUUAACGUGUGUUUAGCUUCCUAAGCACCUCAGGGUGGAGUUUUCAUGUAGAGCGCUUAAUCUCACACUAAUUCACAGAAAGGGUACAGUUUGUCUUCUUAACUUAGCAGAAUUAUUUUGGUAACACCGCCUCAAAUCACACCUUAUUUCUUUGAAGAAAUUCAUACACCAGCGUUUGGGACAUAGCAUAUAUGUGUGAAGUGUGUUAUGUUAGCAUUGGAGUUUGCUGAGCUUCAGGGAAACUCACUGGGUGCUUUCUGUGGCAGUAUUCAUAUAUACACUCCCAAUUUUAUUCCCCAAGCUUUCGUAAUUUAACGUAAACACCACUUUUACACGAUACACACUAGAUUCUUACAAAAAAAAAAAAUGUUUGAAGUGCCCAUGAGAACAAUAUUCUGUUGAAUGUUAUGGUGAGUGAGUGAAUUAUCUUAUGGCAUUUGGUGCACAAGAUCAGCAGGCCAAACAUGCUAAUGCUAACACACCCAGGUCUCACCGACACAUGCGCGUGCGCACGAUUUGUGUUCGCUAACUGGAAACAAAAUUGACGUGACAUUGAUGUUUUUUUUUUCUACUCAUUUCCUUGAGUGUAACGUCGUUUUCAUUAAAAAACGAAAAAUGUUAGUGAACAGCGCCCCCUGCUGAGGAUCAUUAAAUAUAUCUUUCUUCAUCCAUCCAUCCAUCCAUCCAUCCAUUUUCUAUACCCGCUUUAUUCCUAUUAUUGCCCAGCACACAUUGGGCAAAAGGCAGGGGUACACCCUGGACAGGUCACCAGUCCAUCACAGGAAUAUAUCUUUCUCCACUCAUAAAAAUACUUCCUUUCACAAGCAGCUUUCCUCCUGUUGAUGAACUGAAUCUUUAAGAUUUAACAACAUUCAUAUUUUUUUCUACAUUUGCUACGCAAAUCACUUGUAGCAAGUCACUCGUGGGCGUGGCCUGUAAAGCGUUUUCAGAUUUUGUCGCUUCCACGAGCCGUAACUAAUUUGCUCAGAAUUUUGGAAUUCCAGUUUCACACAUCGCGUUGUUGCUUGUUCACAGUUUCCUGUUGCGUACAUACACAAAAAAAAAAAAACUGUCACCUGUUGCUUUUUCAGUUCUAAUGAAAACGUAAGGUAACCAGUUAGUGAACGUGAACACGUGGGAUGUCUUUUAUACAUUAUCUGCACCAGAUGAUUACAUACAUACAUGAUGUAUUGUCAACUUCGAUGAUUCGCUCAAUGCUACGGUGCAACCAAAAUAUUGUGGUGCAUUGUAAAAACAAUUAUUGUCGAAUUAUGUUGUUAUUUUUAUUUGUAGCAUUUGUGGAUUAUUUCUGCAUAUAAGUGGACCUAAGAACCAAAUCUGAAAUCAGUGUGCCUUGAUCAGGUGUGUGUAUGGAUGUAUGCCCAUGACAUGUGUGUGUAUAUUACACUAUUAUUGUAUGUUCACAGCAGCCAGCAACAUACACACACACACACACACACACACACACUCUCUCUUUCUCACACACACAGAGUAGCUGUAAGAUUCUUCAGCUGGCCUUCAGUUAGCAAUGUGCCUUAGGAAUCUAUUAAAAACUAUAAAACGGUGAUAAAG